AUGAUUUUCUCACUGACUUUGUAUUUGGCGCUUCUUGUCUGUUGCUCUAUUUCGGCAGUUUGCGUUUCUGCAGCAAAGAGUGAUGCGACGACGGCAUAUGGUUCAGACAUGGAAUGGGAGACCCCAGAAUACUAUGUGAUGAAAGGAUCCAAUGCCAAUAGGCUUCCAGACCUUUCUAUACUCGCAGAUGAGAAAAGGCAAAAAGAUGUCUCUAUGAAAUGGGCAAACCAGCUAGAGAAAAACAGAAGUAGCCGAGAAGCACAGUGGAGCGCUGCGCUGCAUGAGUUCGAAGCUCUGCAUAUCGGUACUAGCAAACGGCGUAAAUCUCGAUUUAUGCAGAUCCUGGACACUUACAGAGCAAAGAUCGGAAAUUUUCGAGAGGAGAAAGUUCGGAAUUAUCGGAUCAUAGAUGAUCUCGAAGAAGGGAAAAUCAUCAGCGUAUCAGGAGGCCGAUUUACAAAAACAACAUCGGUACAAUUUCAGCUUGACGGAGGAAAGCUAACAACAGUGAAUGCCAUGCUCAGCUGCGACCCAUACAAUGUUAUUUGCAAGGAUAUGCUCUUGAAGCUUCAUCCUUCUGUUAGAUCGAUGCUUGACAAUAUCAUGCGAUAUCUUGUCGCACCUAUGGCAGCUCAAUAUCGCGAUGUUACGGCUUACCCUCUGUCACUCACUAUAGACAUUCGACUGGAAAAUCCUUACGAUCGCCAGCGAAAUUCGUUAGUCUCUGGACUUAUUCCUGCAUCUUCUGCCAGCGGCGACCAUAGGGUGAUAACCAUGCAACUCCCAUAUUUGAACACAUUGGCGCGAUCUUAUUCGAAAGACGCUAUCUGGCGGGAGAUUAUGGGAACAGUGACACACGAGGCUACACACCUGUUCCAAUGGUAUAAUCAUAGACUUCGACCUACAAAACAGCCGGCGAUCCACUUUGGUUCCCCAUUGGGAGUUUGGCCAUUUGGUAGGUCAACUAGUCUUAACGAUAACAGCUUUCAGGCACCCGCCUCAGCGCCAACAGAAUUUCUAGAAGGCAUUGCAGACUAUGUUGUAGUUCGAUCCGGGCUGGAAAAGUUUCACUGGAGACGGCCAACCUCAUCAGCGGAGUUGGCUUACAAGUGGCAAGCGGGAACUUACCAGAGAGCCUUCUUUUUUGAAUGGUUGGAGAUGCGGAUCGGAGAAGGCACUGUUGGCAGAUUGAUGGGCUCUGUCCUAGAUUCCGGAUAUGCGGGAAGCUAUCCAGAAGCUGGAACCCCCUGUGGGCUUGAAUACGGGACUUGGGAGUCUGUGACUGGUAUGAGUGCUGAAGAUCUGUGGAAGGAAUAUGGUCUGUUUGUUGAUACCCCUCCGGGACAGCAAACAAAUACUCACUGGACAUGGGCCCAGGGCUACUUCAUUCUUUUAGUUUCCACUGUCUGCUAUUUGAUUCUCCGCGACGUGAAGUGGGAUAACAGCUGGAACUUGAAUCAGUGGACUCCUGAUUGGGAAAAAUGGACUCCAAGCUGGAAUGAGUGA